AUGAUUUUGCCUCAACAGCAAGUGGUAGCUGCCCAAGCGCACGAUGUAGUCGAAAGACGCAGAAAGCUAGGCAUAGCGGCUGCAGAUGGUGCGCGUGGUGAAGAUGAAGGACAAGGAUCGUCAGGCAUAGCGGCUGCAGAUGUACAAGCGCGUGAUGAAGAGGAAAGGCGAGGAUCGCCCGGCAUAGAGGCUGUAGAUGUAGAAAUACAUGGUGAAGAGGAAAGACGUGGAUCGCCCGGCUCAGCGGCUGUAGAUGCACAAGCGCAUGAUGAAGGGGGAAGACCAGCAGAUCAACAGGAUGUGCGUCAUCGACCACCUACAUUUGAAGCACCAAUUAUAUCAAGGGACCAGGUCUGCUAUACAACGAACAUUAAUGAUGAUCCAAAUUAUAGAGGUGGUGCUAAUGUACACAGCUGGUUCCGGACGAAACCUUUCAAGCCGUUAAUGUUCGCCCAUCAAUACGACGAUUGGAAUGAUGGUGAGGUAGAAGCAAAGCAGUCGUACUACAUGCAAGCAUUUUUAAUUCCGACAAGCAGCAGUCGUGGUGAAAGAUGGAUGAGCGCCGUAGACGAACAACUGAAAUUGUGGAGGAAAUUGAUUAGACAACAGCAUCCUAUAUUGCAAAGUUAUUCGGCAUAUCUAGAAACGAGAACGUUAGUUCGUGUACGUGAUGAGAGCGGUGAACGAGAACUUCAUCAGGAAUUGCGCCAAUCACAAAAAGCCUAUGCAAGUAAUAUUGAACGAUUCAUGCUUGUCGCAAUGCGUUCAAGAAAAAGAUUAGGCCAAACGGUAUCCAUCGACGAUGCCAUCUAUUCAUGUGAAAUCAUUACGGAUUUCUUCCGCAAACUACAAGAUGCAGGCGUUGUGGUCAGUGUGAGGUCACUGUUCGCGCAUUCAUUGCUUUCAUUCUACAAGUACUUGAAUCUAAAUAUCGGCACAGUGGCCGGAAACCUUCGAUUUGCCGCGAUUGCUUAUGGUAUACGAAUUACCGAGAACGAAGUUGAAAAAUCAAGGAAUGAGAACAGAUCACUCAAGACAUAUGACGAUCUCAGUGAAACGGAAAGACAGCAGGCAUGGGAGGCUUACUGUGUGGUGAGAAAAAUAGUGAACUGUGUACAGAUUGAAGAACGUAUAGAAGACAUUAUGGAG